AGGUGGAUUCUGAGCUGACGAAACGAGGUGGAAGCCGCGGCGUUUGGCAUUGAUCUUGAUGAGAGAAAACGCGCUGCUCGCGUGUCACCGCGCGCGACUUUGAGGAAUUUUUGGCGAGGCAAAGGUCGCUUGGGCAACGGCGAAAGCGGCCUCGGCUUCUUGCGUGGCCCGUGGGCCUCCGGCGGGCCGACCUUUUGCCAGCGUGCUCGUGGCCUCGGCUGACCGCCGGCCAGGCAAGAGGCCAGCCGACCGGCCGGCCGGCCGCUCUCAUUCAUUCAUUCACUCUCGGCCGACAUGACGCCCUGGACGCACGCGCUCACCCUCGCGCUCUUCGCCACCGCCACCGCCCACGCCUUCUCGCGUCGGCAGAUGCAGAUUCCGAAGGGAUUGCCGUUUCCGUGCGCGCACGCGGAUCAUUUCCGGUCGAAGGAGCGUCCGCAGUCGGUGCACCAGCUGAUGCCCGGCGACAUCGACGUGGUGGCAGCCAUCGGCGACAGCCUGACCGCCGGCGUCGGCGCCCUGGCCGAGGACGUCUACAGCGUCAUCCUGGUGGAGAACCGCGGCAUGUCCUGGUCGAUCGGUGGGCAGGGGACGUGGCGCGAGUACCUGACCCUGCCGAACAUCCUGAAGCAGUUCAACCGCAACCUGACGGGCUUUUCGGUCGGCGACGGACACUCGGAGAGCCGCAGCUCGCGCUUCAACGUCGCCGUCAACGGCGCCAUGGACCAGGACGUCGAGUUCGCCGCCGCCACCCUCGUCAGGCGCAUGCACGCCGACCACUCCAUCGACUUCCAAAAUGACUGGAAGAUGAUCAACGUGUGGGUGGGCACGAACGACAUCUGCAGCGACUUUUGCUACGACGCGAACCAGGGUCCCACCCAGCACUACCUCAACCUGCAGAAAACCCUGGAUUACCUGCACCAGCACGUGCCCCGUGCCUUUGUCAACCUUGUUUCCGCACCCUUUAUUCCGGCGUACGCGCAGAUGCGAGGGGACGAGCCGAGCACGUGCCUGACGAUGCUGCCGUUCAUGUGCUCGUGCCUGUUCGGAGGAAACCACGCCGAGAAGCUGAAAAACGUGACCAAGGCAACCCGCUACUUCCAGUUGGCCGAAGAGGCCCUGGUGGAGAGCGGGCGGUACGACACGAGGCCGGACUUCACCGUGCAGUUUCAGCCGACCUUCAAGCACCUGAGCUUCCCGACGAUGCGCGACGCCGCCACCAACGCCGAAGUCACCGACUACAGCUACCUCGCCUUCGACUGCUUCCACUACUCGCAGAAGUUCCACGCAGUCGGUAAGCAACACAGCAAAAACUUUUACAAGAUCCAUGGUGUUGUUUGUGUAAUGCAGCGGGAAUGCACGCUCACUGUUUCAGCGGCGAACGCGUUUUGGAACAAUUUGCUGGAGGCGCCGGGGCAGAAGAAGAGCAGCCUCGGCGCCGUGUUUGAGCAUUUCGAGUGUCCCACGAAGCGGCGGCCAUUCCUCGCCACGCACCUCAACAUGUCGUGA